UGGAGAGGGAACGGAGAAGACAAAUCCGAAGGGCUUGGGCGCCAUGGGGCAGGGUCUCGAUGCAGGGUCCCGGCCUCUGCACCGUGACAGCUCCAAGACAGAGGGUGCAGGGCCAGCUCCCAGGGGUUGGAGGAGGAGGGGCCAGGCUGCCUGAGCUGGAGACAGCGGCAGGGUAGGAAAGGAUCAGGACCAAUAGCCCUUUUGGCACUGUAGCCAAGGGGCACCAGCUGCAUGCAGGCCUUGACCUCAGCUGACCCUGAUAGCCCACAUGGGGCACUGGGUCUAAUUUUAACUCAGCCACAGGGCCUGCAGCCCAGGAGUGCUUGUCAGCGGGCACAGGGGUGGCCAGAGCUGCUCUGGGGCUGCUCAGGCUGGGGGAGGAUUGGGGAGACCACCCCGUGCUUCUUCCAGCCCUGCACCCUGGCCAAGCCACCUCUUGUGGGAGCUCUGACAGGUCCCCCAUGGCCUGGCAGAUUGUACUCUCCAUCAAGGACCAGGUCAGGGGGUUCAGCCAAGAAGAGAGGACACAGCCUAGCAAUCUAGACAGCGGUUGCAUCAGCCUGAAUAGUGUCCGGGGCAGGGGCUCCUGCUGGGAGAGCAAAGGUUGGCUUGGCUGUCCGAAGGCCCAGGAGGCAGAGUCCUGACCACAGGAAAGCCAGGCCAGAAAGCCGGGUUCUACCUGGCCUCCUUGUGCCUGGUUGGCAACUUGCUGUUUGACCUUAGGCAGGACAGCCUGCUCUUCAUGAGCCUUGGUGUUCCCAUCUGUACAAUGAGGGCACUGAACUAGGGUGAUCCCAGCUCCAGUGACCCCGCGUCGGGCCCCUGCACCUCCUGCUUCCCCCAGCCCUGGCUGUGGGUGGCCACAUGCAGUCGUGGAGAAGGAAGUCCCUGUGGCUGGCACUGUUGACCUCCUGGCUUCUCGGCCUCCUGGGAAUCUUUCCCCUUCUCCGCCUGGCAGUGCCCACCAGACCGCGGGCAGGGCCCCCCCCAGGCUGGCCCCGCUGGCUGGAUGCAGAGCUCCUGCAGAGUUUCUCCCAUCCUGGGGAGCUGCCAGAAGAUGCCCCUCGACCUCCUCAAGCCCUCCGCAGUGGCAGCUGUGAUUGGGGAGCUUGCUUUGAUGCCUCGAAGUGCAGGGGUGGCAGCCUCAAGGUGUUUGUGUACCCGGCCGCUGGACCCAUUUCUGAGACGCAGCGCAAGAUCCUGGCUUCCAUUGAGGGAUCCCGCUACCACACCUUCGACCCUGCUGAGGCCUGCCUCCACCUCCUCAGCCUGGAUGCCUCAGCUGGAGGGUGCAGCCUGGUGCCCCCGACAUGGGACCAAGGCAAGAACCGUCUGGUCCUCCGGCUCCACCCAGCCUCCUGUCCUUGGACCUUCCAGCUGGGACAGGCGAUGGUGGCUGAGGCCAGCCCCCCAGUGGACACCUUCCGGCCUGGCUUUGACGUGGCCCUCCCGAUUCUCUCUGAAGCGCACCCGUUUCGAGGUGGGGCUCCUGGACAGCUGCGGCAGUACAGCCCCCACCCCAGGGCGGCCCUGCUAGCCCUGGCAGAAGAGAGGGGUGGGUGGCGCUCGGCAGGGACCAACUCCUCCACCUGCCCCUGGGACGGGCGCUGUGAGCAGGACCGUGGACCUGAGCUGGCCCGCCCUGGGGCAACGCUGCCCAAUGCCACUUUCUGCCUCAUCCCGGGCCGCAGCCGCCGUCUUGAUGCCUUGCACUUCCUCCAAGCCCUGCAGGCUGGCUGCAUCCCUGUACUUCUCAGCCCUCGCUGGGAGCUGCCCUUCUCCGAGGUUAUCGAUUGGACCAAGGCGGCUGUUGUAGCUGAUGAGAGGCUCCCACUUCAGGUCCUGGCUGCCCUCCAGGAGAUGCCCCUGACGCGGGUGCUCACCCUGCGUCAGCAGACGCAGUUUCUGUGGGACACCUACUUCUCCUCCGUGGAGAAGGUCAUCCACACCGCUCUCGAGAUUAUUCAGGACCGCAUCCUUGGAGUGUCUGCUCACCCCUCACUGCUGUGGAACAGCCCCCCGGGGGCUCUCCUGGCCCUGCCCACGUUUUCCACAAGUCCCUCGGACUUCCCCUUCUAUUACCUACGGCAGGGCUCUCACCCUGCAGGCAGGUUCAGCGCCCUGAUCUGGGUGGGGGCCCCAGGCCAGCCCCCCCUGAAGCUCAUCCAGGCGGUGGCAGGCUCCCAGCACUGUGCCCAGAUCCUGGUUCUCUGGAGCAAUGACAAGCCACCCCCACCCAGGUGGCCUGAGACAGCAGUGCCCUUGACAGUCAUCGAGGGGCACAGGAAGGCCAGCGACCGCUUCCGCCCAUACAGUGCCGUCAGCACCGACGCCGUCCUCAGCCUCGAUGCCCACAGCAGUCUUUCCACAAGUGAGGUGGACUUUGCUUUUGUGGUGUGGCAGAGCUUCCCGGAGCGGAUGGUGGGCUUCCUGACGUGGAGCCACUUCUGGGAUGAGGCCCGGGGUGGCUGGGGCUACACCGCUGAGAGGGUCAACGAGUUCUCCAUGGUCCUCACCUCAGCCGUCUUCUACCACAGGUAUUACCACACCCUCUUCACCCACUCCCUGCCCGAGGCUCUGAGGAGCCUGGCAGAUGACACACCCACCUGUGUGGACGUCCUAAUGAAUUUCCUAGUAGCAGCAGCUACGAAGCUGCCCCCUAUCAAGGUGCCCUAUGGGAAGCGGCAUCUGGAAGCCAGACCACCACUGGUGUCUAGGGGCCGGGGGCCCGCACCUGCGUUGCAGCCCGCAGACCAUAACUGCAUCAACCAGAUGGCGGCAGGGUUCGGCCACAUGCCUCUGGUGUCCUCUCGCUUCCGUCUGGAGCCAGUGCUCUUCAAGGACCCCGUGUCGGUGCUGCGAAAGAAGUAUCGCAGCCUGGAGAAGCCCUAAGUAGGACCUACAGAAACCCCUUCCUUACUCCCACGGGCGCUGCACCUGCUUAGGGGAGGUGGCGCGGCUCAGAUGUUCCCUCCCUAGAGACAUCUACGGACCCAAUUAAGGAAUCCAGUUGGCCAACACGUCAGAUUCCAAUUGGCCAAUCAGUUACAUCGCCCGGAGGGGGUGGGACCUCACCCCACUGUGCAGCCCAGCAACAGAUGAUGGUUCCGCCUCCGUGCCUCUGCCAGUGCCAAUCACUCUGCCCAGUUGACUUCUUGUCUUUCAAAUCCUCGCCUCCCACAGGGACUUGUCUGACCCCCAUCCCGUCUCCGGGUCGGUUUGGUCUCUUCUGUGCUUUUAUAGCUGGGUGUUUCCCGCAGUCCCGGCAUUGUGCAUGCUGCCUGGUCGCGCAUACCAUCAAGCCUCUGGACUGGCCCGGGAGCCUCAGAAAGGCAGGGUCGUGUUCUCCUUCUCUAGCCUGGCAGGUGCGCUACGAAUAUUUGAUGAAAAGAUAAUGGAAGAAACAUCAGCUGCGUGCCUGGCUCAGUGAGGACGGUGGCGGGAGUGUGGACAGGAGUGAGGAGUUGAAACUCCAUCCCCAUCUUCGGGGUUUCCAGUCCGGUGGGAAGGCAGUUUAACCACAGACGCCUGCGUUGCCAGGCACGAUCAUCACGUCCCAGCGAUGGAGCAAAGAGGCGCCAGGAAGCUAGUUUUGGCUUCCUUCUCGAACCGGCGGAGCAGAGCGAGGAGGGGACGAAAGGGAUGAGAAGGCGGGCGAUUGACCCCUGCCCCGCCAGGGACCCUGGGCUCAGGCUCGGCCGUCGCCCUGCGUUACCAUCCUAGACCACUAGAGGUCAGCGCCGCUCCACGCUCCAGUCGGGAAACUAGGAGGCUCGCUGCUGUGCAGCCUGAGGUCUGAAAACUCAGCGGGUAGGGGAAUAUCUGAAAGGACAGCCCCACUUUUUGGCUCACACACUUAGGACCAAGCAGGGUGAUUUCUAGGUGGGCUGGGUGGGAGCAGAAGCUGGAGUGCCUUUAGGGGAGAGUGGAGUGGGGGAAGGGACGCUGGGUUCUCCCGGGUUCAUCCACCUGGAACUGGAAUUAUCACUUCCGAAAUAAAGCUAACGUCC